UCACCAAAAAACUGCAUAUAGCAAAACCAUAUGGCCCAAACUUUAAAGUUGUUAAAAUUGAAUGUACAAACCAUAUAAUGAGAAAUUAUAUAAAUCGUUUACGAGAAAUGACUACGAAACGUAAGAGUAGUGAAGGCCAUAUUGUACCUGGAAGUCUUAGACAAAUUUUAAAGGACCGAUUGAGAAAAUUAAGGAGUGGUUUGACCAUGGCCAUCCAGUAUCGUAUGGAACAAAAUUAUACUCAUAAUGAGAAAGUAAAUUUUCUCAAAAAGGAUAUAAUGAAUGGUCCAUAUCAUGUUUUUGGCUUACAUACAAACUGUAAUAAAUAUUUUUGCAAAAAAAAAAACAAUGAAAUCAAUUAUGUACCUGAUAUGCAAUUAUGUGGUUUGUUCAGUGAUAUUAUGUCAGCGUUGCAUUUAUUGGCUCAUCAUUCUUCGUCUUUAAUUUACGGUGUAAAUAAUAAUUGUGUUGAAGGGUACAAUAGUUUAGUCGCCAAAUUUGUCGGUGGGAAACGUAUAAAUUUUUCACUGAAAGGUUCCUAUCAAACCCGUUGUAGUGCGGCGGUUAUUUCACAAAAUGCAGGACCCUUAUUAAUACGCAAUUUACACAAAAAAAUUACGAACUACAGCCCCGGAAAAUUCACCAAAUCAUUUAUAGAUAAAAAAUUAAGAACAAUUAGUCUUAGACGCAAAGCCACUGUUAAACGACUUUUUAAAAGUAGAAGUAAAGUUACUAAAUUUAGUGGUCCUGAUAAAGAUUAUGGUGAUAUUGAUACAGAACUAGAGUGUGAUCAAUUGAACUUGGAUCCUCAAGAAUUUGAAAAUAAAAAAAUUGAAUUUCUUGAAAAAUUGAAAAAAACUAAAGACCAAAUUUUGCAGAUAGCAAAAGCUACAACAGGUCAAUUUCAAUGUCAAGAGUGGUUAAAAGAGAGGCAAAUACGUCUAACGGCAUCAAACUUUGGGAAAAUAUGUAAACUACGUCCUAAUACCAGUAGAAACAAUAUUUUAGUAUCUUUGUUGUACACUAAAUUUGAAGGUAAUGAGUCAACUAAAUAUGGUAUUCAACACGAACCGUUUGCUAUUUCCGAGUUUGAAAAUAUUAUGAAAAUAAAAAUUCACCCAGCUGGGCUUUUUAUAGAUCCAGAAUUUCAAUUUUUAGCGGCGAGUCCAGAUGGACUCAUUGAUACUGAUGCCUUAGUUGAAAUUAAGUGCCCGUCUUCGAUAUCUCAGAUGACGCCCACCGAAGCUAUUGAAAAUGGAACCAUAAAAUGGGCAUGUUUGAAAAAUGGAGAAUUAUUUCUCAAAGAAAACCAUAAUUAUUUUUAUCAGGUUCAAGGCCAGCUGCAUAUAGCACAAAAGCUGUAUGGAUAUUUUGUAAUUUGGUCUCCAAAAGGUUAUAUAUUAUGUGAAUUUUUUAAAAUCAAUUAUAAUUAUAAUCAUCAUAAUUGAUUGUUAAUUUUACAGGUUUGUUAUUCCAAAAAAUAAAAAAAGAUGAUUCAUUUUUUAAAAAUAAAAUGGAAUCUUUUCUCUCUGUAUUUUAUUAUAAUCAUAUGCUUCCGGAAAUUUUAAACCCAAAAUUAAUUGACAAGAAAAGAAUAAUUGUUCAUAAAUUCAACAGAUAUGUAUAAUGAGUAAUUCUGU